UCGCAGUGGCCGCGGCGGCCGGGGAGGCAGCGGCGGCGGCGGCGCGGCGGCGACAUGGCCAUGGUCCCAGAGGACGACUUGCAUCACAGCUCAAACUCCACCUACAGAACCGCGAGCAGCUCUCUCCGAGCUGACCAGGAAGCGCUGCUUGAGAAGCUGCUGGACCACCCGCCGCCCGGCCUGCAGAGGCCCGAGGACCGCUUCAAUGGUACCUACAUCAUCUUCUUCAGCUUGGGCAUUGGCGGCCUACUGCCAUGGAACUUCUUUGUCACUGCCAAGGAGUACUGGAUAUUCAAAUUCAGCAACUGCUCCAUCCCGGCCACAGCGGAGGAACCUAAGGGCUCGGACAUCCUGAACUACUUUGAGAGCUACCUUUCCGUCGCCUCCACCGUGCCCUCCGUGCUGUGCCUCAUGGCGAACUUCCUGCUUGUCAACAGGGUUUCCGUUCAUGUCCGAGUGCUGGCCUCGCUGACUGUCAUGCUGGCCAUCUUCGUGGUGAUGACCGUGCUGGUGAAGGUGGACACCUCCUCCUGGACCUAUGGCUUCUUUGCUGUCACCAUCGUCUGCAUGGCGAUCCUCAGUGGCGCCGCCACCAUCUUCAACAGCAGCAUCUUCGGCAUGACCGGCUCCUUCCCCAUGAGAAAUUCCCAGGCACUGAUAGCAGGAGGAGCCAUGGGGGGCACCGUCAGUGCCGUGGCCUCCCUGGUGGACCUGGCGGCGUCCAGCGACGUGACGGACAGCGCCCUGGCCUUCUUCCUGACUGCAGACAUCUUCCUUGGCCUCUGCGUGGGGCUCUACCUGCUGCUGCCCCGGCUGGAGUACGCCAGAUACUAUCUGAAGCCUGUUUGGCCAGCCCACGUGUUUUCUGGUGAAGAGCAGCUGCCCCAGGACUCCCCCAAUGCUCCUUUGGUGGCCCCCGGAUCCCGUGACUCCUCGACGCCACCCCUCCGCCCCAUCCUGAAGAAGACAGCUGGCCUGGGCUUCUGCGUCAUCUACGUCCUCUUCGUCACCAGCCUGAUUUUCCCUGCCAUCUCCACCAACAUCGAGUCCCUCAACAAGGGCUCGGGCUCGCUGUGGACCACCAAGUUCUUCGUCCCACUCACCACCUUCCUCCUCUACAACUUUGCUGAUCUGUGUGGUCGGCAGAUCACUGCCUGGAUCCAGGUGCCAGGGCCCAGAAGUCAGCUGCUCCCUGGGCUUGCGCUCCUCCGGACCUGCCUCGUCCCCCUCUUCGUGUUCUGCAACUACCAGCCCCGCGUCCACCUGCAGACGGUGGCCUUCCAGUCCGACGCCUACCCGGCGCUCUUCACCUCCCUGCUGGGGCUCAGCAACGGCUACCUCAGCACGCUGCCUCUCAUCUACGGGCCCAAGAUCGUGCCCAGGGAGCUGGCCGAGGCCACGGGAGUGGUGAUGUCCUUUUACUUGUACUUGGGCUUGGUCCUCGGCUCGGCCUUCUCCGCCCUGCUCGUGCACCUCAUCUAGGAGGGGGCGAUGGCAAGAACGUCAGAGCCUGCGUGAUGCUCAGUGAGGUGGGGAGGACGUGCCGGGAGGGCUCAGGCGGCCUGCAGGAAGGGCUGGAGGUGGGCUCAGUGCAGAGAGCAGAGCACACUCGGGCCUCAUCUUUCCCAAGGAGCUGGUGCCAGACAGACACAUGCCAGACUCAAACAGAACCCUCCUGAGACGUUUGAAGAAGACCAGAAGACAUCUUAAGAUGCAGUCACACAGUUACAGAGUGGGCUAUCACUUUCCUUGCCGGUGGUUACAUUCCGCCUUUCCUUCUAGCCUCUUGUGAACCGUGUUGUCAGUGUUCGCUCGCCCGAGUGCCAAUGCCAGAGCCCACUGCGAGUGGGUUGCCGUCUCCCAGCCUUGCUCCUUCCAGCUGACAGCAAGGUGUGAGAAUUCUCAGCCCUCCCUACCCAGAAGGGGUCCCCCUGGAAUGCAGGUCCCCCUGGGUGGCCAGUCCUCAAGCCUGAGACCCAAGCCUGCACAGACCCCUGCUUUCUGUGGGUGAGAGAGCACCCCCCAACCAGACUGGGAACCCCAGACAGACAGGCCUUCCAGGAGCCUUCAUUCCCUACACUUGGGUUCCAGAGGGCCUCCCAGGACCAGGGACCAGGCGUGGCAGGCCUGCAUUUUCAGACAGGGAUCAUUAGUCCGUGGCCUGGGUCGAGGUGGGGUCUUUCAAGUCCAUGUUUACAACAUGUCAAGACCGUUGGCUCAAGGGCAUAAUAAAUACAAAUUUAAUGAAAGCCUAAUUGGUGGCCCUGUUAGUCAGGGUCUUGGCAGGAAACAGCAUACUCAAAUUGGGUAAUUUGAGGAUAUUUGAAGCGUGGGUGCGGGAACCCUAAGAGGUUGUGCGUUAUAUCCCAGAACUGAUAAUAGUGAAGCCAUUCCACCUCAGGCCUGACAGGGCGAGGGGCGGGCGGAUCCAGCCUGCUAUGACCUGUGGGAGGUAGAUCUCCUUCCCUUCCUCCCUCCGAUCUCCUCCCAGUCCCUGCGGACUGAACCACAGCCAAGGAGCAGGCGGAGAGGAUGGAGAGUGGGUGGAGGGGGAGAAGGUGUCCAGAGGGGGGCCGCUAGCCCCCCUCACUUUCAUAGAUUUAUUUGUUAUUAACAUAUAGAGCUCUGAAGCGUUGGUCAGCAGAAUUAGGUAUUGCUUUGUCCUGGUUUGUUUGGGGUAGCUGUAUAUUUUGAAGCUGUUGUUUCAAAAGGCAGCCCUCAGGUUCUGUGGCCCCACAUAUUCAUGAUCCCUUGACACAAGUAGUAAGUGAUUUUUUUCAGAGUCUUUGAAGGCUUCUGCAAGGCUGCAGCAUGGGGGAGCAGGCUGGCUUAGAAAUCAGAGAGAGAGAGGAACUGGAUCAGGUCGGGAGUUCCUUCUCAAGAGUCGUGCCGAAAGAACAGAGCUUGCCUCCAACAAGUGGCGAACCUGGGAACCGUGCACCAGCGCGCUCCUUCUCCGAGCUGCUCCGGCUGUGUGGUGUCCUGCAGGUGCCUGAUUAACCGGGAAGCAGCCAGUAAUCCACCCAGUGGCGGCAGCUCACGCUCCCCACCAUCUCAGGCUGGUACACAUCCCUCCAGAGAAUUGAAGACGACACCCUUGAAAGGUUUCUUGAAACUUGAUACCUAAAAACAUUAAUCAAAAAAAAUUUUUUUAAAUAAAUUCUUCCCCCUCGCUCCUCUUGCAGGAGCCUGAAA